AUGUCGGGAAAGACUGCAACCGAGGACACACGCAAACGAACAAAGGAUGAAGAAGUAACCAGAAUCCUAGCGUCGGCAACGUUGAAGAAGAACUGCCAACGAAUCAGUCUGCUACUCCAGACUCUACAAGUCGUGCACAACAAUUUGCCGUUCGUUGUCGGGGAAUGGGAAGAAUCCCAACUUCUGCAUGCCGUGAUCACGAAGGAAGAGUUCCGAGCUGUUGUGAACAGGCAGACCAUAACGCAUGCGGUUGAGGAGCUGUACGCGUCCGGCGUGGUGGAAAUGACACACGUCAUUCGCGUGAAUCGGAUCCCUGGUGUGAAAUUCUUCACAAUGGUGACCGACUUUUGGACCUGUAAAACAUUGGGGAUGAAGUUCGUCGGUCUCCGCCUAUACUACAUUGACAACGACUGGAAGUUUGGUUCAAUUCUCCUUGGGACUCGUCACUUCAAGCCGCUUUACGGUGAACGAGAUCAAGGUAUUCGGGAACCGUAUGCGCGAUGGCUUAAGCAGAUCCUAGGUGACUUCGGUCUAACAACUGCAGAUUUCUUCGGGGCGACGACGGACGGCGGACCGGACGUCAAGUGGAUGAUGGAGUCUGGAUUACGCCUCCAAUGGGAGUGGUGCUGGCCCCAUCUUACCAAUGCCGCUACGAAGGAAGCUUUUGGCAUGACAGGUGAUCGAAACCCUGGAAUGCGUUCUUUGCUCAGCAAGGUGACAGUCACCAUUUAUCAGGUUCGGUCGGUGGAGGUGAUGGGGAGCCUUUACGCUGAGUUGGUCGACGCUCUUGGGGUCGGCAAGGAAUGGAAGCUAGUCGACUACAAGCCCCAUCGCUUUAUGGGGUUAACUCAAGUAUUUCGCCGUAUUGUGAAACACUGGGACGUGUUCGAGUUGUGGUACGAGGAGCGCACAAGGAAAUUCGAGCGAGACGGAAAAAUUUCUCCGAACCCCUUUCCGCUAUCCGGCCAGAAGAAGCUCAUGGAGCAGCUUUUGUCGCUGCUCGUCCCCAUUUCUGCAGUGAACGUCAAGAGCCAAGCCGAAAAGGUCAACCAAGUGGACGUCCUCUUGUCUGUGUACAAGCUGGGUAUGAAGACGCUGGCUGUGGACCAACCGCUCGUCAAGUUUGAUUCGACAAUAGAGCACGUUGUUCAUGAUCACCCCACCGAGCUACUGCUGUUAGCGGAGACCACACGGAACCUGCGGAGCCAACCCUUUCAAACGCGGUUCUUCUCUCGGUACACUUGCCGUGAAGCGAUGAAGAAGUGCUCGUUUGUGUGGGAAAUACAGUUGCUGCUGCACCCCCACACAAAAAAUAUCGACGGCAUGCUCGUGGGCAUAGUGGGUGCUUGUGGAAGGUCCCAGCGUCUAAGUGAUGGCGUGAUUGAGCGCAAUAAAAGCGCCGUGAAGCAACUUGUUCUCCAGCGACUCAAGACGAUCAUGAUGUCUCUUCAACCUUCGGAAGCCGAGCCUGUGAUGCAAGUGCCGGCGGCAUUCUAUCCCAAUGGUGGAUUUUCAGAGGACCUGUGCGACUUCUUGCCGCUGACGGUGGCCCGGGCACCUGAGCAACCGACUCUACAGAUGCUGCUCGAAGGCCGGGUUGAUGAGGAACUGGACCGGUGGUUCAGCGACCCACAACUUUUGGUAGCCACAUCAGCGACCGAUGUUGAGACUGUUCUCAACUUUUGGAAGCGGAUGCUAGAGACUGGUACCUAUCGCUGUUAA